CCCUCGUUUUUUUUUGCUCGAGGCAGUGGUACUCGUAUUACGAGUUUCAUUUCUGUUUCUCUCAGGACAACUUGUAGUUUGCUGGGUAUGUCUGGCUGUGAAGGUUAUGAUUAGAAGCCCAAACUAUUGUUUCUCUUGUCAUUCGCAUCCCAAAGGAAGUUUCUUAUUUUUCUCAGGGACAUAUCUUCGUUUUUCUUCAUGGGGAUCGAUGUUCUGUGCCGGUCCAACGUGACAGACCCUUUUUGGGACUGGAAUUUGACCUGGCAUAAAGAUAAUCCUGACUUAACCUCAUGUUUCCAGAACACUAUCUUGGUCUGGAUUCCUUGCAUCUACUUAUGGAUCUGCUUCCCAUUUUAUAGCCUUUAUCUUCAUCGUCAUGACAAGGGUUAUAUCAGAAUGUCUCAUCUCAAUAGAGCUAAAACGGCAUUAGGUUUCCUGUUGUGGAUUGUCUGCUGGGCAGAUCUUUUCUAUACUUUCUGGGAAAGAAGUAGAGGCGUGUUCCAGCCAUCAGCUUUCAUAAUCAGCCCUGCGGUACUGGGCCUUACAAUGCUGCUUGCAACUUUUUUAAUUCAGUAUGAAAGAACUAAUGGAGUCCAGUCCUCUGGAUUGCUGCUGGUUUUCUGGCUAAUAGCAUUGCUAUGUGGUAUCAUCCCUUUCAGGUCCAAAAUUCUGCAUGCUUUAGGAGAGGGUGGUGUCACUGAUGUCUUUCGUUUCGCCACAUUUUAUAUCUAUUUCACAUUGGUGCUGAUUCAGCUGAUUCUUUCCUGCUUCCCAGAUAAGCAGCCACUGUUCUCUGAAACUGAAAAAGAAGUGCAUCCUUGCCCCGAAGGUAAUGCAUCCUUUCUAUCACGAAUCACAUUUUGGUGGAUCACAAGGAUGAUGAGUAAUGGAUACAAACGACCUUUAGAAGACAAAGAUAUGUGGUCUUUAAGUAAAGAAAAUGCAUCUGUGAAUAUUACACCUCACCUUAUUAGGCAGUGGCAGAAGCAGUGUGCCAAAACGAAAAAGCUGCAUCAUGUGGUAUAUGCUCCAAGCCCCCAAAAAUCAAGCAAACCAAAUGCUCCCAACAGCGUUCCAAUAGAAGAAGGUGAAGCUCUGAUUGAGAAACAAACAUCGAAGGGCAAGGAGCCAUCGCUACUUAUAGCACUCUGUAAAACCUUUGGAUCAUAUUUUUUAACAAGCUCUAUUUUGAAGAUUGUUCAUGAUGUCCUUAUGUUUGUUGGGCCAGAAAUACUAAAACUGCUGAUUAAUUUUGUGAAUAACAAGAAUGCUCCCAAAUGGCAAGGUUUCUUUUAUACAUCGCUGCUCUUUGCAGCUGCUUGCCUGCAGACUCUAGUUCUCAAUCAGUACUUCCACAUCUGCUUUGUUUCUGGGAUGAGGAUUCGGACUGCUAUUGUUGGUGCUGUUUACAGAAAGGCUCUGGUAAUUACAAAUGCUGCAAGAAGGAGCUCAACUGUGGGAGAGAUAGUAAACUUAAUGUCAGUGGAUGCCCAGAGAUUCAUGGAUUUGAUGACGUACAUAAAUAUGAUCUGGUCAGCCCCCUUACAGGUUAUCCUGGCACUCUACUUCUUGUGGCAGACUCUAGGCCCUUCUGUGUUAGCAGGCGUGGCAGUCAUGGUUCUGCUGGUUCCAGUGAAUGCCUUUCUAGCAAUGAAGACCAAGAAUUAUCAGGUAGCCCAGAUGAAGAGCAAAGAUAAUCGUAUCAAACUGAUGAAUGAAAUUCUCAAUGGGAUCAAAGUGCUAAAACUGUAUGCUUGGGAGUUGGCAUUUAAAGACAGAGUAUUAGGAAUCCGGGAGGAGGAACUAAAAGUACUUAAAAAGGCUGCUUAUUUGGCGGCUGUGGGCACAUUUACAUGGGUUUGUGCUCCAUUUUUGGUUGCCUUGUCGACCUUUACUGUGUAUGUGUUGAUAGACGAUAAGAAUGUUCUGGAUGCUCAGACUGCUUUCGUUUCCUUAGCCCUAUUCAACAUCCUUCGCUUCCCUUUAAACAUGCUUCCAAUGGUCAUCAGCAGCAUGGUACAGGCUAGUGUUUCCCUAAAACGUCUCCAAGCAUUCCUAUCUCAUGAAGAACUGGAUCCAGAAAAUGUAAUCCGUAACUCCAUCAAAGGAUCAAAUGCCAUUGUCAUCAGUGAAGGAACGUUCAGCUGGUCUAGAACUGAUCCUCCAUGCCUCAAAGGAGUCAACUUGGAGAUUUCUGAAGGUGCCUUAGUAGCUGUUGUUGGCCAAGUGGGAUGUGGAAAGUCUUCCUUGCUGUCAGCACUUCUCGGAGAGAUGGAGAGGCUAGAGGGGCAUGUUGCUAUUAAGGGUUCUGUAGCAUAUGUUCCUCAGCAAGCUUGGAUACAGAAUGCAACUUUUAAGAAUAAUAUCAUUUUCGGACAAGAAGUGAAUGAGGACUGGUAUAAGCGUGUAAUUAAAGCAUGUGCUCUCCUACCUGACCUAGAAAUUCUGCCUUCUGGAGACACAACUGAGAUUGGAGAAAAGGGUGUAAAUUUAUCUGGAGGCCAAAAGCAGAGAGUAAGUCUUGCACGGUCCGUAUAUUGGAAUUCGUCUGUUUACUUACUUGAUGAUCCUUUGUCUGCUGUGGACGCCCAUGUUGGAAAACACUUAUUUGAAAAUGUCAUUGGACCAAAAGGCUUAUUGGGUAAAAAGACUCGAGUUUUGGUGACUCAUGGUGUUAGCUAUUUGCCUCAGAUGGAUAUCAUCAUUGUUAUGAAUGAUGGCAUGAUCUCUGAAAUUGGAUCUUACCAGGAACUUUUAAAACAAGAUGGUGCCUUUGCAGAGUUCCUUCGGACAUAUGCAAAUGCUGAACAGAAUGCAGAUGAUGCCAAAGAGCCAAGCAGUCCAGUAUCAGUUGAAAGAAGAUUACUGGAAAAUGGAGUACUACAGAAUGAUGCUUCACAGGCCCACAUUCUCAGCAGGCAAACCAGUAGAACUUCUUCAGUAAGCAGUGGUGAUGUAGGCAAAACAGAGCUACAAAAGAGCACAGCAGAGUCCCUUAACCAAAAAAAGCCAGCUGUAGAGAAGGAGGCCUGGAAACUGACAGAAGCUGACAAAGCCAAGACUGGCAGGGUAAAAUUUUCUGUUUUCUGGGAGUAUAUGAAGGCUAUUGGUCUCUGUCUGUCCUUUUUGAGUAUCAUCCUCUUUUUAAUGAACCAUGCAGCUUCCCUGUCUUCUAAUUACUGGCUAAGUCUGUGGACAGAUGAUCCCAUUGUUAAUGGAACUCAGCAGCACACAGAACUACGCCUUGGAGUAUACGGAGCACUAGGAUUGUCACAGGGUAUUUCUGUGUUUGGGUACUCAAUGGCUGUUUCAAUAGGUGGGAUUUUUGCCUCUCGUUAUCUCCACAUAAGCUUGCUGCAGAAUAUCUUGAGAUCUUCAAUGAGCUUUUUUGAACGGACACCUAGUGGCAAUAUUGUGAACCGCUUCUCAAAGGAAAUUGACACCAUUGACACCACAAUCCCGCAAAUUAUCAAGAUGUUUAUGGGCUCCAUGUUUAAUGUACUUGCGGCAUGUAUCGUGAUUCUGCUGGCUACACCAUUGAUUGCUGUCAUCAUUCCUCCACUGGGAAUCUUGUAUUUCUUUGUUCAGAGAUUCUAUGUAGCUACUUCCCGCCAGCUCAAAAGGAUAGAAUCAGUCAGCCGUUCUCCAGUGUACUCUCACUUCAGUGAGACGAUCCUGGGGGUAAGUGUCAUCCGAGCCUUUGAGGAGCAGAAGCGCUUCAUACAACUCAAUGAAUCAAAAGUUGAUGAAAAUCAGAAAGCUUACUAUCCUAGUAUUGUGGCAAACAGGUGGCUGGCAGUACGUUUGGAAUUCGUUGGAAAUUGCAUUGUGCUUUUUGCAGCACUGUUUGCAGUAAUAGCUAAGGAUGGUCUCAGCCCUGGGCUAGUUGGAUUGUCGAUAUCUUAUGCUUUGCAGGUGACCAUGUCCCUGACCUGGCUGGUCCGCAUGUCUUCUGAACUGGAAACUAAUAUUGUCUCUGUUGAACGGGUCCAGGAGUACAAUGAGACUGAAAAAGAGGCGGAUUGGACGAUAAAGGACAAUUCACCACCAGAAAACUGGCCUCAUGAGGGAAAAAUUGAAUUUACGAAGUAUGGACUGCGAUACAGGACAGAUUUAGAUCUGGCUUUGAAGAACAUCACAGUCACAAUAAGUGGAGGAGAAAAGGUGGGAAUUGUUGGAAGAACAGGUGCAGGAAAAUCCUCCCUCACGCUUGGCCUUUUCAGAAUUAUCGAAGCUUCCGAAGGAAUGAUCUGUAUCGAUGGGAUUAACAUUGCAAAAAUAGGACUUCAUGAUCUGCGAUUCAGAAUUACAAUAAUACCCCAGGAUCCAGUGUUGUUUUCUGGUUCUUUACGGAUGAAUCUCGACCCAUUUGAUAAGUACUCUGAUGAAGAGGUUUGGAAAGCUUUGGAACUUGCUCAUCUGAAAAAUUUCAUUUCUGGUCUUCCAGAUAAGCUAAAUCAUGAAUGCUCUGAGGGAGGAGAGAACCUCAGCGUUGGCCAGCGACAGCUGCUGUGUCUGGCACGAGCACUUCUUCGAAAGACACGAGUACUGGUUCUUGAUGAAGCAACAGCAGCAGUGGAUCUUGAGACUGAUGACCUUAUCCAGUCAACAAUCCGAACACAAUUUGAAGAAUGCACAGUUCUGACAAUAGCACACCGACUCAACACCAUAAUGGACUACACAAGAAUAAUGGUCCUCGACAAAGGAGAGAUUGCAGAGUUUGAUUCUCCAGCAGCCCUGCUUUCCCAAAAAGGACUUUUUUACAGAAUGGCUAAAGACUCUGGUCUGGCAUAGUACAGUGGAUUUUGUUUCCUGUUAACAGUAAAAUGUGCUAAAUAUAUUGGGAAGAAAUAUUUAAAAUACAUGAAGAGAAAUGUGCUUCUUUUUAUAAUCAGAAUUUUCAUAUUGAGUUGUGAAUGCCCGUUGUAACUGCCAAGUCCCAGGUUUUGUUGAUACAAAAAGACAUUGUCAGGACUGCUGAUUAGUUUCCCAAUCUGUUUCAUUUCUGCCAUGCCAUUCUCUACAAGUAACCUGAUGCAACAGACAUCGUCUUGCCUAGAACACUAGAUGCUCUUAUAGGCUCAUUGUCUGCUGCCAUUUUAACGGCCUUAUGUUACAUUACCUCUGCCUCUCAACUACCAAAGCAUUUAUGUCUAAAAACAAAGCACUAGUUGUCAUCAUUUUUGUCUGUGGAAGUGACAGAUGUCAUUGCAGUGCUGACAAUGACAGAGACACAUAGCAAGUAAACAAAUCCACAGUACUGUAGUAUAGAAAAUGUUAAUGUUGAGGUGUUAUUUAUUUAUUUAUUUUGAACUAAUCCAUCUGUUACAUGUGAGUUUCUGCUGAAAUUCUAAGGACUGCAACUGUGAACCUCAGAAGAAUGAAACUGUGCCUGCAAACAGGGGAAAUAUAUAGCAAGUCCAAGGCUGCAGUAUCAUGGAGCACUCACCCUGCUCUUAGUCAUCUCAGAGUUAGUAUAUCUAACCAUUGGAGCUGUGUGGAAUACAGCCCUCCACAUCAGGGGUGGUGAAAAGCCCCUUCAGCAAUCAGUAUAUUUCUUGUAUAACAGCAGUUUAUUUUCUGAAGUUGCAAGACUCGUAAUUGUGGGUCUUUUGAGUUCUGAUAAUAUUUAAGUAUCACUUUCAGAGUGAUGUAUGUGACCACUCCCUACUUCUUCUAAUGGACAAUUGCCUUCCCGUUUGUAGAACUGAAAAACGUGCUACUGGGGGGAACUUGUAAAUAUACUCAAGCCCACCUGUUAGUGUGCCAUAGUCCAUUUCUGCAGAACAGCAUCUGCCUGUUUUAAUUCCCUUAUGGUCAAUCUCUUUCUCUUGUUCAUAUUACGUUUCAUUGUCAGUGUAGCUUUACAUUUAAUUGUCUUGUACUUGUCUAGUUUUGAAAAAUAUUUAUUGCUUAAGAUUCAGCAUUUUUACUUCCACAAAUGGUGUGACCACUGCUGUCUUGUGGGGGUUGGCACAGGCAGCAGUUAAUUUCUGGUUUAAUUUACUCCCCCUGCCCUUUAUGUUGUAGUUGGGAAAUACAGACUGUAAAGAUUAAUGUGGAGCUUUCCAAGUGGUUCCAUUUGUCUCACAAAUUAUAAUUUUUGUACUUUAAAAUGUAUAAAAAUUCCAUGGUCUUCAGAGCUGUACUUAUGAUAGAAAAAUUGUAUGAUCUGAGUAAAUGUUUAAAGCAAAAGCAUUUUACAGACCUUUUUUAGGUUAAAAGAUUACAGUUACACAGCUGGCAUCUAGUGAGUGAAGUCCGGGUGCAUUUGGUGACAUUUUUACACACACAAAAUAGAUAAAUAACUUUGUAAUGAAUUCUCAUCUGUCCAUUGUUUUACUACAGGUGCUCAACUUUCAUCCACACUGGAAAUCUAAAAUGGUAGGGCACUUUAUGCAUUGUUAAAAACUGCAGUGUGGGAGAUGUCCUAGUUCACAUGUCUAAAUAACUAUUGGCUUUAGAACUGUGAAUAUGUAAUGUCAGCUAUUAGUACUUUUAUAGGAUUGCAAAAGAAAAAAAAAGUUUAUUUGUAAGGUGACAGCACAGCAUAAGUAAUUUAAUAACAACAAAUGUACCACCACUAUCAAAUCACCAGUAAAUCUAACAAAGUGGUAGAGACAGACAAGCUCCUGCAGUAUAUAGAACGAGACUGUAAAAGAGCGUGCACACUGUUUAUUCAUGUUAAUAAACGGUGUGUGUGCUCUUUUAUGGUCUCGUUCUUCUGUAUACUGCAGGAGCUUGUCUGUGUCUACCACUUUGUUGGAUUUACUGGUGAUUUAAUAACAGCUUAUUAAAAUUGAGAGAAUGAGAAUGCUGGGUCCUCGCAAGUUUGAUGGUCAGCAUUUUGGAAAUGUGUUUUGCAGGCCCUGCACUCUGUCACGGCUUUGCCUCAGUGCUCCGUGCCUCUGUAUAUAUCAACUUGGGUAAGUGUUCAGUCAUUGAAUGGGCUAAACAUUGAACAGCUAACCAUCGAACGCUAAUCAGCGAAUGAUUAUUCAUCGAACAUUCACUUCAUCAAACCUGUGAGACGGGGAAAAUAACUAGUUGGCCAGCACUUCAUUGUCUCACACAUGGCUGUAUUUCAAGUACACCAAGGUGGGGGGGGCUUCACCCCCCACCCCCUAACUAUAUAUAUACAACUCCAAGACUGCACUACAGUGGGGAAAAGGGUUUGAAAUGCUCCCAUAUGUGAGACGAAGCGGUGUUGGACAACUAGUUACUUUCUCUUAGCCAUUCGAUGACUAAACAUAGACCCUGUCAGCUCUAGGGUCACUGUUUCUUGGUGCAAGGGACAAAAUACAAUUCUAAAAAGACAAGCUUUUCAAAUUUCGAGGAGUCAAAAUCCUCAUCCUAGACGUUUUAAGGGGGAUACAGAGGUGUAAUCAGUGAGGCAUUAAAUGAUGGUGCUGUGAUAUCACAAUCUGGAAAAGUACUUGAAAGUUUCAGGAGUGUUUGCUGAGAGCUGACGGGCAGACCCCCGUUAACAGGUUCCACUUGUGCCUCAUUAUUCUCCCUGAGCUAUUGUACAUGUACAUACCAUUAGCAUAAUCCCCAUUAUCCCUGAUCAUUUAUAUGAAAUUUGUAACCCUGAGCUAUUGUACAUGUACAUACCAUUAGCAUAAUCUCCAUUAUCCCUGAUCGUUUAUAUGAAAUUUGUAACCCUGAGCUAUUGUACAUGUACAUACCAUUAGCAUAAUCCCCAUUAUCCCUGAUCGUUUAUAUGAAAUUUGUAACCCUGAGCUAUUGUACAUGUACAUACCAUUAGCAUAAUCCCCAUUAUCCCUGAUCGUUUAUAUGAAAUUUGUAACCCUGAGCUAUUGUACAUGUACAUACCAUUAGCAUAAUCCCCAUUAUCCCUGAUCGUUUAUAUGAAAUUUGUAAUGUGUUUUGUAGCUGAAGUGUGUUUGCUAAAUUUUGUUUAAUGAGCAAAAUUGUUGGAAGUUGCUCUUUGGCCUCAAAAAGUGCUGCUGACUUUCUAAUUUGUGUUUGAAGGUGAUGCAUCCCUUCAGAAAACUUGUUAGAUGCCAUUUUUGAAACAUGCUAAUAAAACUAUACAAUGAAGUUAUAGGGUUAUUUAUCCUUAUUAUUUUGGAUUUAUACCAUUUUAAUGCGUAAACUUAUUUUCAAAUGUAAGAGAGAUUCACAUGUUUAUCACAUUUUUUUAUUAGGUUUCAAACAGUUGUGCAGCCACAGAUGCUGAAAGUAUUGUUACAGUUGAAUCUGAGAAAAUGCUCUGUGAACCAGAAUUUUUUUUCUGCUUUACCAGAAGUUUUUUUUUUUUAUAUAGAAGUUGAACUAUAAGAAUGUUACAUGUAUAACAUUUCAUGCCUUAUUUAUGUGCAUUAAAAAUGUUUGGUGAUCCUUUUUUUUAAAUUGACAAUGUUAUAUAUAUUCUACAUUUUGUAUAUCUGUAAAUAGUUGAAGAAAUUGCUGAAAAAACAGCAAGUGUAUAUUGAGUACAGUUUGUUUAGCAAUAGAUAGAUUUGCUACUUGGUAAAAAAAAAUGAAGCAAUAAAUAUUAUUGUAUUUGA